ACAUGUAGUCAGAAAACAUUGGUUCAGAGAACAACUUAGGAUUCACAAGAACUAAGGACUGAAUACACGACACUGCUACCUACCUACAACUACAAACAACUCAUCAAGAUCUAACAACACAGACAUGGAAUUUGAGUCAAACUACAGUUUAAUAAAGAACACCUCUGAAAGUGCAGCAUGGAGCUCCAAGCUGCCUCAGGGUCUGGAUCUGGAGGUAUCCCAUCACCCCAUCACCAUGCGCAACAUUGCCAACCUCAUCAUCGCCAUGGAGAGGUUAAAGGGUGGCGAGGGGGUUACCAUGGGAACCGAGUUCAAAGACAAGGACCUGCUCAACUUCUUGCUGGAGAGUGCUGUGGAAGAACAUAUAGUGUUGGAGUUGGAGUCGGCGCCCCCAGCGAGCAGGAGGGGAGCAGGGUUCAGCAGUAAAUCACAGUAUGAGUGUAGCGUCACUGACUCUGAGAACAAGUGCUGGGUCCUGAUGAAUGAGGCUAUGGAGCUGCACGCCAUGAUGCUCCAGGGAGGCAGCAGCUACCACAAAGUGCAUUUGAACCUGUCAACAUACGUCAAGCCCGUCCCCAUUGAGACUGAAGCCAGACCUGUAGCCCUAGGCAUAAAGGGAUCCAAUCUCUACCUGUCCUGCUCCAAAUCGGGAGGCAGGCCCACCCUGCACCUAGAGGAGGUUACGGACAAGGAGCAGCUGAAGUCCAUCAGCCAGGAGAGCGACAUGGUGCGUUUCCUUUUCUACAGACGGAACACCGGGGUUGACAUCAGUACCCUGGAGUCUGCCGGGUUCAGGAACUGGUUCAUCAGCACGGACAUGCAGCAGGACACCAAACCGGUGGACAUGUGUCAGAAGGCAGCCCCCAACCGCCUCACCACCUUCACCAUCCAGCGCCACAACUAAGAUGGCCGCAAACACUGUGACACAACACCAAUCAGGCCAAGGCCUCCAAUAGAGAUCCUCUACAAUUCAUGUGAUUCUAUUGGGCCUCUGUGAUCAGGACUGGGUUGCCACUGUGGGUGCACGCACAUGAACAGAUAUAAGUGUAUUGCUUGUAAGACAAGAACUUCAUGAGGUUUAGAGUAUGUACUGAGUACAGCAAAUAUGCUUCAAACUAAGUCAUUAUUGUUCUACUAUUUAUUAAUAUAUCUCUAAUUCAGUAAUUUAUACUUAUUUAUCCAUGUAUUUAUUUGUCUCUGUUGAUGUUGCACAUACUCAUUGAUACAUGCAAACAUAAAA